CAGCAGUAUUUAUACUAGGUUUGGGGGAACAAGGUGUCGUGCACCCAUGUGGAGGCACGUUCUCGGAUGGCGGGAGGUGACGGGCUUCGUCCUCUAGCUGCCUUGUCAUCUUGCGAGGAAGAUUACUUCCUUUGUCAGGAAAAAGAUGAAAUUCGUAGAGAUGCUAUCCCUCUUUCUAAAAUUCCCAGAUUGCUUGAUGCUUUACUUCAUGUCAUAGAUGAGUGGCGAUAUAUAGCCUUACCAAGGGUGCUUGUGAAAGCACCUAGGGUGAGACUCUUGGGUACAAAUUCUCUUUUCACUGGAUUCGGAAAUGAAUAUGACGAAGUGGUGUCAAAUGGUUCAAUUCCCCAUCCUAGCUCUGGAACUGGAUCUUCCAUCAAAGAGACCUCUGUUCAAAAGACUGCUGCAAGAACGUGUCAUGCUGAUUGGUGGUUUGAAGAAGAUGGCCUAUUUAGCUUGGAUGAGGAAGGGAGAACUGAAAAGCAACAAUGUUCUGUUCUUGCCUCUAAUAUUAUACGAAAUUUUUCUUUCAUAGCAGAUAAUGAAGCUAUCAUGGCUAACCAUCGACAUUGUGUUGAAACCCUUUUUCAGUGUCUUGAGGAUUAUGUUGUAGAGGAUGAGGAGCUUGUUACAAAUGUGCUUGAAACUAUUGUUAAUCUGUGCCAUUGGCUAGAUCUUCGAAUAUUUAGUUCAUCAAAACCUUAUGUCCUUAACAUGAGGGAGAAACGUGCUGUCGAGGCUAUCAUGGGCCUGCUGAGAUCAUCUGUCAGAGCCUGGCAUUGUGGAGCUGCAGAACUGAUUGGUCGUCUAAUUUUAAAUCCUGAUAAUGAACCAUUCAUUCUUCCCUUUGCUUUACAGAUUUAUAAAAGGUUAAUUGAUAUGAUGAGUCUGCCUACAAACGAUGCUCAGGCUGCUGCCGUGGGUGCAUUGUACAAUCUUGUAGAAGUAAACAUGGACUGCCGACUGAAGCUUGCAAGUGAAAGAUGGGCAAUUGAUCGGUUGUUGAAAGUGAUCAAGUCGCCGCAUCCAGUAUCAGAAGUUUGCAGGAAGGCAGCCUCUAUUUUGGAGAGCCUAGUGGCAGAGCCACAGAACAAGCCCAUUCUGCUCGUCUUUGAAACUGCUUUCACUGAGAUUCUCUUUGCCGACGGAAAGCAUUCUGAUAUAUUUGCAAGGAUUUUGUGUGAACUAACGUCUCGGCCAGGCAAAUCCACCCUAGCUCGAGGUAUUUGGGGCAUGUAACCAAUGUCUUCUCUCACUUGCUAACAUCUUGCCAAAUCCUUGUCGGUUAGACUUUGUUAUGCUCCAUCCAGCAUAUAUAUAUAUAUAUACGGAGUAAUACAUUUGUUACACAAGACUAAUCUUAGUGUAAAUCGUAAAAAUGAAAACAGAGUAAGUUG